UCUAUUCUGUGGGCUGAUGUGGGCUCAGCGUUUGCUUCUGUGUCGGUAAUCCCCCCCCUCGGUCCGCCAGCGUAUAUAAGCCAAUGACGGCCUGACAGACACAUACACACACACACAGCCUCAAAGCUCCAGCUCUACAGCCACAGUCAUCAUGUCUGCUGAUAAGUCCAAGGCCGCUUCCCAGACCGACGGAAAGACCCCUCUGAGCAAGAGGUCCGAGAUGGGCACACACGCUUACAAGAUGUUCGUGUUCGACCAGGAGAACUUCCAGGGCCGCUGCGUUGAGAUCAGCGGAGAGUGCAUGAACGUGUGCGACAUGGGCAUGGACAAGGUGCGCUCCCUGCGCGUGGAGUGUGGGCCCUACGUCGGCUACGAGCAGAUGAACCUGUGCGGAGAGAUGUUCAUCCUGGAGAAGGGAGAGUACCCCCGCUGGGACUCCUGGAGCAACUGCCAGAGGAACGACUACCUGCUGUCCUUCAGGCCCUGCCGCAUGGACCCCGAGAAGCACAAGGUCUGCCUGUACGAGGUUGGAGAGUUCAAGGGCCGUAAGAUGGAGAUCAUGGACGACGACGUUCCCAGCCUGUUCUCCUACGGCUUCACCGACAGAGUUGGCAGCGUGAUGGUCAGCUGUGGAACCUGGGUGGGCUACCAGUUCCCCGGUUACCGUGGCAGCCAGUACGUCCUGGAGAAGGGCGAGUACAGGCACUUCAACGAGUUUGGCGCCCGCUACCCCCAGAUGCAGUCCGUCAGGCGUAUCCGCGACAUGCAGUGGCACCAGCACGGCUGCUACACCAUGUCCAGCAAGUGAAGCCCUCUGAGGGGGAGAAAGAGGGGGAGAGCGCCCGGAGAGGCAGAGGCGGGGGGUGACCCCAAAGGAGGCGCAGGAGGAGGAGGAGGAGGAGGAGGAGGAGGAGGAGGAGGGAGGUCCAGGAAGGAGAGGAAGAGGGAGCGAGUCUGACAAGGAUUCGCCUUCCCCCGUUUCAACUCCGCAACCCUGGCUCUCGCCAUCUGCCUGCGCUGACAGGAAGUGAAGAGCGAUGAAGACUAGGAUGAGGAGGAUUGAGGAGGAGACGACGACGAGUCGAUUUCGAAGAUUCAAACAUGGCGUGGUAGACCGGUGCGGGCAGUGCGGCUAAUUGGCCCACUCUCUCUAUCCCUCUCUCUCUCUUUCUCUCUCUCUCUCUCUCUCUCUCUGCCUCUCCCUCUCUCUCUGCCUCUCCCUCUCUCUAUCCCUCUCUCCCUCUCCCUCUCUCUCUGCCUCUCCCCCCCUCCCUCUCUCUCUCUCAAUUAGCCAUGACUCUAUCACCAUCUGUCUGCCAUGCGACUCCCUCCAUUCCCCAGUUGCCUUCCCCUCACCAGCCCUCCAUCUCUGACACACAUCUCUGCUCAGCCUCCCUCAAGCCCCCGCCUGACCCGCCGAACACACACAACCAUCCACGGACUUGACUGGGUGUGUACGUCUGAUCACGGCAGGGGCUCUGAUUGUGGAAAGCAAGGAGAAUCAACCUCAUCCUCCAGUGAAUGAAGAUCUCCAGAUUCCAUGGUCUUCUCUACUCCCUCUCACUAUUUGAACCCUGAAAUCGCUUAAAUAAAAACUUCAUGCAACCCUA